AUGCUUCUUGUGACUAGUGGGUUUGCUGCGAUAGUCAAAGACAUUACUUCAUUAAAUGGGGCUUGGGACCCUGAGGCCACGUGGCGAUUUAACCACAGUAUCUUCGGCCGAGAAGGCGAAAAGCCUAACGAAACGGUAGGUGCUGGGACCGAGAGGAAGUCCCUUCAGUCAGUUUAUGACCGUGAUUUAUUAGGCACAAACAGAUUGGGGGCCAAAUGGUUGAAGAAGUUCUAUCCAACAAUAUGGGAUUCACAGACAGUGCAAACAGAUCUUGGGAUCGAAGGGGAACAUAAUGGGAUUGUUGUCUGA